GAACGCAGCAUUACGACAGGGUGCGUGAGGCGUGUUUGGCCGGGCAAGGACCACAGGCAAGGACACUCACAGGAAUGACAUUUACGUUUGUGGCUGUAUUGAGCGGGAGUUGUCCUGAGUGAUUAGUUUGCCUCUGUUUGUGUCUUCCUGGUGUCUCUGCUGCUCUGAGUGAUGGUCAGCUGGUGACUGGGGUCGCCCCUGCUCCUGUGGUGAAUGGCUGUGAGCAGAGGGGGGGUUGCCUUCUGGGUGGGUUGUGUCCGCAGCCACGGCAGGAGGCAAGCCGUCGGGAGUCUCUGUCAGGCAGUCGACUGGCACUGGAUCCGUCAGACACGCCCCCUGAGCAGUGCAUCAUGGGCCCUGGCGCCCCCCAACAGCCUGAGAUAUCAGAACAUUAAGCAGCCCGUACUGUCGCACCCGUUCCACCAUGCCAGCCAGCCUCUGUCAGGGGCUGACGGAGAGGAGGAGUGGGAGAGGGCCUUCAGCGUGUGUGUGCUGGUGCGGCAGGGGGAGUCCCACAGCCUCCACACCCUGCUGGAGGUCCCGCUGUUUGCCCACAAUAAACUAAACCUCCUCGCUCCUGGGCUUCACCCCCCCUCUGAGUUCUCCUUCCCGUUGACCAUGGUGGACGGCAGCCGGGAGGACGACAUCAGCGUUGACAGCUUCAAGAGAAACGGCGCUACUAUAGAGAGAGAACACGGUUGUUUCAGGAGCCUGUUUGAAGCCGAGCGGUGUCCUGCUCCCUUUAUGUAUGGCUCUCAGUUUUACUGUUUCCACUGCCCGGGCACGGAGCCGGCGCCUGGCUGCAGCCUGAAAACUAUGGAGGAUAUUGGACUUGAAAACAAGCUUGUGGUGCUCUCUUUGCAGCCUCACAGCUCUCUGUACAGCCAAUCAGAGAGAGCAGAGGGGGAGCACACUGAGGGAGACAGUGAAGGAGAGAGGCAGCUGGCCCUGAUGUAUGAAAGACUGAGGAUAGAGCUUCCAAGUUUCUUUUCGAAGGUCCACGAUUACACCAUGUACUCCAACAAUUUGGAAUUCAUCAACGGACUCAUCAAUACCAAAACCAGAGGCCUCCUGGUGUACCAGCUGACCCUCUCCCUGUGGCGCGUCCUGUGUGUGUGUUACUACUCCAAGGCCCGGCUGGAGGUGCUGAAGCUCACUAAGCACUCUGAGGACGGCACAGUGAAGGCUCGCUGGAGGAUCAUCGGCCUGCCCUUCUCCUCCCAGCUGCUGCGCUUCUACCGCAAAGACAAAUCUCAACUGUACAGGUCAUAUGAUGCAUUCUCUACUUUUUACAUUGGACCGGAUGGACUCAUUCACUGUCAUAAAGUUGAAACGGUGAUGCCGCUUCAGCCCCCGGUCGUGCCCACAGUAACGUCUCUCCUGGUGGGGGCUCUGGUAGCGCUGGGGGCGCAGGAGCAUCGACCCGCUCUCAACCUGCUGCCCCUCCUCCUGUCCUCGCUGCGCCAGAGCAGAAACUGAGCCCAGGAAGACGUCAGAGGAACAAUGGAGAGUGGAAUCAUUCUCAACAUAGGAACAACACAUAUAUCUCUAAAUGUUGCCCCUGAAUUAAACACGAAUACAUGAAGACUCUA